AGCAUGCAGUAACACUAGUGUGUGCCCGAUCGAGUACCCCCCCACAUCAGCCAUGGCGCAGAGCAGCGGCGCUGCAGAGCACCGCGUCCGUAUGCCAGGAGCUCAUCACGUGGCCGCCGCCACCGCCACCGCCGGGCCGGCUGAUGAGCAGGGCAAAGGACGACCCGCCCGGCCGGAGAAGCAGCUCAUCUGCUUUGUUCGCUUUCUCGCGCUGACCGAAAGGACGGGCAACGCGCUCGGCACGCUGGCAUUCACCUGGGCGACCGUCGUCCUGCUCGGCGGCUACCCGACGGUGCUCGGCAGUGAUGAUUUUUGGUUUGCGACUGUCAUAGUAUUCCUCGAAACCUUGAGAAUGUUCGGCGGUAAUAACAGAUUGGAUUACCAAUUGUUCUUCCACACUAGAGGUGCUCUUAAACCUCUCGGAUGGAGUGGCUUGAUCAUCAUCGUUUGCCUUUCAAAUGUUUGGAAUUACAUGCUCAAGUUGAUCGACAAUGAUCGGGUUGCCCCUGCAGUUUUGCUACUCAUCCUAGUAUUAGUUGUUCCAUGCCUGUUUCAGUCUACAAGAUCUCUAGAACGACUCCCCCAACGGCUAUACCAUGUCAUAUCACUUUGGAGCCCCUUGGUUGCUGUCCUAUUGAUGGCCCCCUUAAUAGCCAAGUUCACUUCCGAAAACAAAGUGGUGAAGUGGAUAGUAUUUGGCAUACUGCUUCUUAUGGUGCUUAUACUUACAGGCAAAAGGCUAUCAGAUCAUGGUACGGGAAACCAACAUGUAUUUUGGCGUCGACUGAUUCUAAACUUGUGCAUGUUUGUUUCUCUAGUUAUGUUGGUAUUCAUGCUUGAUGGUCCAUCGCAUCAAGUUCUAGUGUUCGUCUAUGAGCUAUAUGCUCUAGUGCUUGUGUCAUUUGGUAACCUACAGAUUCCAGCAGCUGCCACACGCGUCGUGCUAUCAUUAUUGCGCCUUACAAGUCAAAAGUACUAUGGAGAGGAUAAAGAUAAUCCUGGCAAGGUAAACCUCGGGUCAACUCUAAAUAUCUUCUAUGGGAUGGUGCUCGGCCAAGGAACACUAUAUGUUGUGGCUUGCAUACUCGAGUUCUUCUCAUUCAUACCUCGGAGACACCUUGCCCGUCGUGGUGGAUUCGGAGGUCAGUUUGGAGUGGAAUCUGUCAGCUUGUACUACGCAUAUACCUUGGAGAAAAGCAUGGGAGGGGAUGUGCUUGGUUCAAAGAAGACGAGCAUCAUCAGCUUCGCCAUUCAUUGCCUAGACUCUGACAUUCCCAAGAUGCAGCUCCAUGGGAUCCGGACAAUGCACAGCCUCCUACGAAGGGAGGCGACUAGGCCACGACUCCUUUCGAGGAUCACAAUGUCCUCCAAUACGAUGGCAAGAUUAAUCAAUGUACUGGGUUGGUCAGGCGAAGGGUAUACAGUUAUCCGGUUAUUUGCUGCAAAGGUCAUAACUGAGAUUGCAACAAGCCUUCGAGUCAUAGAUGUCCCUGGGAUAGUUCAAGCCGUAUGUGCACUUGUGGAGUAUGGUGACCAAUGGAAAAGAGGACAUCCAUUAUUGCAGGAUGCAGAAGCUGAGCAUAAGACCAUAUCCGGUUCAGUUCUUAAUGGCAAUGACGGCAAUGACAACCGAAAGGAAAGAGUUGAUGAAGAUCUAGGCACUGGUGGCAGUGGCACCGCCAAUAAUGAGAAUUCAUGGAAACUUAGAUGGUGGAAGCACAUUUCUGGAAUUUGGUCAAUUCCUCACGAGGAACAAUUGACUGAGGAGGAUCUUCUACCGGCACUGGGUAUGUCAAUUCUUGAUGGCCUUGCAAGUUGUGAUAAGGCAAAUUGCGUGGAGAUAAGCAGGGAAACUAGCCUCAUCCCGAAGAUCAUAGAUUUCACAGGCUACUGUAAUUUUAAAAGCGAUGCCCAAGCUCAUCAACAGAGGGUUCUGGUGAAGUCAUCAGUGAAGCUAUUGCAUACCCUUACGGGUUUUGAUGGAGAGGUCGGCGUAACAAUGCGGCAGAAGGUAUGCAAGCAUCCCUUCCUACCUAGAAACCUUGCACAUAUCCUUGGAGACAGCACGAGCAGCCAAGAGCUGAGGAAGCUAGUGGCAGGGAUCAUCAGGAAUCUCUCCAUUGACAGGAAUGCAAGGCAGGCGAUUGGGUGCUCCAAAUUGAUCAUAUCUAGGUUGAUGCAUGCAUUCCUUGCUCCAGAUGAUGAUAUGUUGGUGAGGAAGGUUGCUGGGCAAGCACUAGCAAUGUUGGCAAUGGAUAGUAGUGGCAAUAACUGUGUAGCCAUGUUAAGGGAAACAGGGUAUGCACUCGUUAAGGAACUCACUUGUAUGAUCUAUGAUGAUAGGUACAGAUGCAUAGCAGCGAGUCUGUUGCGGAGUUUGUGUCUGCAUGCUCGACAUGAGCUUAAAGCGACAGACCUGAAGGAACUAUCUUCUAGCUUGAGAGAGUUGCUAGAAAGAAUACUCAAUGCAGAGGGUGCAGAACUAGAAAUCCUCAUUGGGCUCAGCUCACAGAUAUCUAAAGCUAUUCCUGAGGAGUUUGCCCGGGAACUCGAGCACGUGGAGAUCGAGGAAGCAUUCAUGAAGCGGCUCGUCGACGUGCUGGAUGCAAACAUGGAGCCUAGUGGCGAGUGCCCUGGCAUCCGGAGAAUGAUACUCGAACAGGCCAUAAACCUGAUGGAGUACAGCUCUCGUUACGUUAAUUGCUUCAACAAUGGUCCCAUGAUAAACGCACUGUCGAUGGUGGAAGAGACUAUCUCAAAGGCUGAGAACUACAAUAUCAUCCUGGGAGAUGUAGGGGUAAUGGAGGCUGGUGAACCUCUAUCCUCGCUUGUGGCCAGGGCUAAGCAGCUGCUAGCGGUUGGGUGAACAUGACAUCCAUCAAAUAUGCAGUCCAGUCUGUGAUCGAGAUGCAUGCAAUGUAUUAUUGUUGUACCAUGUGAAACCAAAGUAUAUACUAUAUAAUAAAGCUCAUGUCAUGUGUACUUUUGUUA